AUGCCGAAAGCUAUAACAUCCAGAUCUCGCUCUAGUUCACCAUCUGAAGUUGUACGUGAGGCCGGUCGAAUGCCUAUCGCUCGACAAGAUAUAGACCUUAGCAAGGAGCCUCGUGAAGUAAUACACUUGGUAAAUGAACUUAUUCGUGAAUAUGGUGAUGUUCGAACGACGAAACGGAUAGACCAUUUAUGGAAUUCUUCGGUCAAUACUAGAGCCAAAACCAUCCCACGUCCACAAAAUUGUUUUAUACUCUUUCGCAACGAUAUAACCGCCGAGUAUAAUCCACAAAAAGGUGAUCAUAAUGUUGGUAAUAGCGAUAAGAAAAGAACCGGGAAAAACGUUCCAAAAUCGUCUAAAAUCGCAAAAGAAAGAUGGGCGGCUAUCAAAAGAGACAACCAGCAUGAAUACCAAUUUUGGAUAAAAUUAACAGAAAUUGCGAAAUUAAAACACACUUUACUAUAUCCAAAUUAUAAAUAUUCUCCUGUUAGAAAUAAAGAACCAAGGAGUAAUACUGGUAGAAAACGUAAAAGUUCGAAUAACACCAACGAGCAACAUAUUCAAGAUCAAGGAUACAAAACACCACCCGCUUCUUCUUUGGUAUCUUCAACCAUGCCACCUAAAGAAAGACAAAGCUCCCCACCUUAUCAUUUAUCGCCUACGAUCAUUGAACAACAAAUCAUCCCCCAACAAAAUAUACAAAAUAUUGCUGCCCAAAUAACUCCCACUUCUUCUUUGGUAUCUUCAACCAUGCCACCUAAAGAAAGACGAAGCUCCCCACCUUAUUAUUUGUCACCUACAAUCAUGGAACAACAAAUAAUCCCCCAACAAAAUCUUGCUGCCCAAAUAACACAGCAAUAUUUAACCUCAAGUAGUAUGAUGUCUGCAGGUCAACAUCAAUAUAUUCAAACAACUCCACAACAAUUUAUCAAUCCAUCUAUACUCUUAGCAACUUCUUCGGGACAACAAUAUCUUCAAUAUUAUCAACCACGAACAUCUCAGCACGUAACUUAUGCUAUAGUGCCACCCUCAACUCCACAGCAGCUACAACAACAAAUACCUCAAUAUAUAUCACCUGGUGCUAUAGUUUCUCCGUCACAACCACAUAGUCAACAAUCUUCUACUGUAACCCGAUAUAAUCCAAUUGAUGACUUGUUUAUGUUAGGCAUCAAUGGAUUAAUCGAUCCCGCAUUAAUUCAAAAUGAUCCAUAUCUUUCUAGUUUUAGUAGUUUUGGUAGUUUUAGCAGUGAGGAUCCAUAA